AUGAUAGUAGGUUACAGGAUAUAUAGUAUUGAGGAUUCUAUUCAUAACUGAAUUGUUGCUUUAAAGGGAAAGUACAUUUAUGAUUUUAGUAGUAUCCUCAUUUGCCCCCAAUAGAUGUUGUACCAAUUUAUAUUCCUACCACUAGUGUAUUGAGAGUGCCUGUUUCCCCACAAUCUCAAUAAAACAAGUGUGUUAUCAAACUUUUGGAUCUUUCCCAACCUGUUAGGUGAAAAAUGGUAGUUUAGUGUACUUUUAAAAAUAAACUUUAAGUUCUAGAACAGAUUUAGUUACAGAAAAGAUGCAUAGUACAAAGUUCCACAUACCUACAACUCAGUUUCCCUUGCAUAACUCUGAUACAUUUGUCACAGCUAACGAACCUUGUUAUUAACUAAAGAACAUAGUUUGUUCACAUUUCCUUAGUUUUUACCUCAUGUCUUUUUUUCUGUUCCAGGAUCCCAUCCAAGAUACUGCAUUACUUUAGUCAUCACGACUCCUUUGGUUCCUUUUGGCUGUGACAGAUUCUCAUGUUUUUGAUGACCUUGCUAGUUUUAAGGAGUACUGGUAGUCAGUGCACUUUAAAAUUUGUCAGAUUGGACAUCUUUCCAUACACUUAAAGACAUUUGCAUUUCCAUUUCUGGGAACUAAGAGCCUAUGCUUUUAACCACUAUACUAUACCUCUUUCUUGAUUCACCAUAAUUAUCAAUAAAACAUAUGUGGGCCUGAAUACACACAGACUUCUGAUUCUGAGUGGAGAAAACUCUCAAGUCUUUGUUACAGAUAGAGAAGAACCAUUAGCACAGGUGAUAUAGUCAGACUCGUGUCUGAUGACUGGCUACAUCGUGAAGGAUGAAGCAGAGACUCGACUGGAAACGGUAGGUAGGCUGGAUAAAUCCUUGAAAGAAAAGCAGUGUUGAUAAGAAGUUCAAAGGAAAUUACAGAAGAGCCAGGAAUUAGUAGUAAUGGAUGAGAGAACCAAGAAAUCAAAGGUGACUCGUUUUAUGAGCUGGAUAUUUUGGGUCUUCUUUUGAACCUAAAUGAGAAAUUCAAAAUAAAUAUUUGGACAAUGUUCAGCAUACCUGUCACUUGAGACCUACUUUCUCUUUCUGUUGCCAUAGCUCUGUGCUACUACAAUUCCCAGAGCCCCAUGCUCCAUCACAAUCCCCUUAGAGUCCGCCGCGUGGAGUUCUGGGACUUGAGGUCCGCGGCCUAUUUACCCAAGUUGGAGGUAGAGGCCUGUGGAAACAUGAAGAGGGUAAACAGCUGUGUGAAGAGUGAUGAGCAUGUCCUGGAGGAGCUCGAAACAGAAGGGGAGAGGCAGCUGAAAAGCCUCCUUCAGCAUCAACUUGAUACUUCUGUCUCCAUUGAGGAAUGUAUGUCUAAGAAAGAGAGCUUUGCUCCUGGUACUAUGUACAAGCCCUUUGGGAAGGAAGCAGCUGGGACUAUGACUUUGUCCCAAUUCCAGACACUGCAUGAGAAGGACCAGGAAACUGCUUCUCUCAGGGAAUUAGGGCUUAAUGAAACAGAAAUCUUGAUCUGGAAGAGCCAUGUUUCAGGUGAAAAGAAGACAAGACUGAGGGCAACUCCUGAAGCAAUACAGAACCGUCUUCAAGAUAUUGAAGAAAGGAUCUCGGAGCGUCAGCGCAUUCUUUGCCUGCCACAGAGAUUUGCAAAGAGCAAACAGCUGACCCGGCGAGAAAUGGAAAUAGAAAAGUCUUUAUUUCAGGGAGCUGAUCGUCACUCCUUCCUUAAGGCUCUUUAUUACCAAGCAUACCACAAAAAGACAAGUGCAGACAAGUACAUGACCUCAAUGAAGAGGAAGAUAAAAUUAGGCACAAAAGGUUGUAUUGGUAGGCUUUGUAGAACUUCCCUAUCUCUUUGUCUUGAUCCAGAUGAACCCCAAAAGAAGAACAAAGGUGAUCCCAUGAACAACCUGGAAAGUUUUUACCAAGAGAUGAUAAUGAAAAAACGUCUUGAAGAGUUCCAACUUAUGAGAGGUGAACCCUUUGCUUCCCACUCACUGGUCUCAGCUACAUCAGUGGGUGAUAGUGGCACAGCUGAGAGCCCAUCAUUACACCAGGACAAGGGAAAACAGGCAGCACAGGGUAAAGGCCCCAGUCUCCAUGUGGCAAAUGUUAUUGAUUUUUCACCUGAGCAUUGUUGGACUGGGCCUAAGAAGCUGACGCAGCCAAUAGAAUUUGUCCCAGAAGAUGAAAUCCAGAGAAAUCGUUUGUCAGAGGAAGAGAUCCGAAAAAUUCCUAUGUUUUCUUCAUAUAAUCCAGGGGAACCAAACAAGGUGUUAUACCUGAAGAACCUUAGCCCUCGGGUGACUGAAAGAGAUCUUGUGUCGUUGUUCGCUCGGUUCCAGGAGAAAAAAGGACCUCCAAUUCAAUUCCGAAUGAUGACUGGACGAAUGAGGGGCCAGGCUUUUAUCACCUUUCCCAAUAAGGAGAUAGCAUGGCAAGCAUUGCAUCUAGUAAAUGGAUAUAAACUACAUGGGAAAAUAUUGGUGAUAGAGUUUGGAAAGAACAAAAAGCAACGGUCAAAUCUCCAAGCGACUUCUCUCAUAUCAUGUGCUACAGGUAGCACUACAGAAAUUAGUGGUAGCUAGAAUAUAUAUAAAUUGUGGGUCCUAGAUGGUCUUUCUUGAAUUGGAAUCUUGGAUCUAGGAUUUAUGUAUAGACACCAGUUUGUUUGGAGUUGAAGAGGAAAAACUAACUGAGGGAGGGGAAAAAAGUAAUUUCAGCUUUUGGAGAGAACUGGUAGAAAACAUUUUCUAUUAUAUAAUUGAAGACUGUAUAGGACAGGUGAUAUGCUGAGUAUGAAGGGUAGAGUGCAAAGAGUAUUAUUUUCUCAGGAUAAAUUACAAGGGAUUAUGCCUAAGGAUUUUUAAAAAUCUUUAUAAUUUUUCUGGGGUCCUCAAUAUUUGUCUCUAGAGAUAACAUUCUUUCUUAGACUGCUUCCUAUAUACAGAAAUAAAAAGCUAAUUAAAUGUUGAAAUAUUUCUUUACUAGAGCCCAUUUGCCAUAUUUCAUCCACCUAGUAAAUAAAAGAUUAGGACCCCCAGGCCUAAGCAUCAACAAAUGCUAUGAAGUCAGAACUAUCAGCAGUAAUAGUAGGUAGUUUCAUAAGUUAGUUGACAUAUUUAAUGAAUGCUUCCUCCACAAGUUAUCAGUCUUCAAAAAGCUAUAUAUUUUUCUAGUGAAAUAUUCUAGAUCAAAAUGUUGAUGUUCUCAUAGCCAUUUAAGCUAGCAACCAUUGAGUAUCAUUGAAUUCAAUGCAAUAAACAUUGAUUAAAUGUCUAAUAUAUGUUAAAUAUUAGGCAUAUGAAUUUUAGAAGAGGAACAUACUAGCAAAGAAUACCAAAGGGAAAUAGAAAGAAAGAGUUCUCUAGCAAAGAGGAUGCCAGUCACAAAUCCCCCAGUUGUUUGUUUAUUGUUGCUGGAAAAUAAAAAGACAAUAUACAGAGAGGAAGUGGUACAAACUGGAGUCAGACCUGUACAGCCACACUUAACAUUCUGUGACCUUGGCAAGUCACUUAAUCUGAGCCUCGCAUUUUUCAUCUAUAAAGUGAGGAUAAUAAUGCUACUUACCUCAUUGGGUUGUGAAGAUGAACUGAGAUAUUACCCAGGCUGAAGAACAGAAAGGAAAACAAUGAAUAAAAUUGAACAAGAGCAUAGAACCUGUGUGACACCAUUAAGCAUUCCUACAUAUUUCUAAUGGGAGUACAGGAAAAAAGGAAGAGAAAAGAAGGAGCAGAAAAAUAUUCUAAGAAGUAAUGGCUAUAAAUACCCCCAAUUUGAUGAGAGACAUUAACCUAUACAUCCCAGAAGGAAAAGAAAUUACAAACAGAUACAUCAUAAGAAAAAUGCUAAAACCCAAAAACAAAAAGAAAAUUUUGACAGCAAUAUGAGAAAAAUGAGCCAUCACUUACCAAGGAACCCAAAUAAAAUUAACAGUUGACUUCCCCUCAGAAACAGUGGAAUAACACAUUCAAAGUGUUCAAAGAAAAUAACUGUCAACCAAUAAUCCUAUAUACAGUAAAACUAUUUUUCAAAAAUGAAGGUGAAAUAAAACAUCUCACAUAAUCAAAAACCAAGAGAAUUUGUUGCUGGCAGACCUGACUUGCUGGAAAUACAAAAAGAAGUUCUUCAGGCUGAAAGCAAGUGACCUCAGACAGUAAUCUGAAUCUACACACAUGCAGAAAAAGAGCACAGGCAAAAAUAAUUACAUAAUUAUCAGAAACAAUCUAUACAUUUUUCUUUUUUCUCUUAACUAAUGUAAAAAACAAUUGCAUAAAACAAUAUGUAUAUAGUUGCAUCGUUUGGCCUAUAACAUAUAAAAUAUAAUAUAUUUGCCAAUAACAGGUUGAAGAAGCUGAGUGGAAGCAAAACUGUCUUGUACUAAAGAACUGACUCCAGAUGGUAACACAAAUCCACAGGAACAAAUGGAGAGAACGUGAAAUCGGAAAUAAGUUUAAUAUAAAAAAACUAUAAACGUAUUCUUUUCUCAGCUUCUUUUAAAGAUGUAAAAUUAUAUUAAGUAAUUAUAAUAAUGUGUGUUGGGUUUAUAAUGUAUAGGAAUAACAUAUAUAACAGUAAUACCACAAAGCGGGGGAUGGGUUUAUAUAGGAAUAGGGUUGUUACAUUGGAAUUAAGUUAGUGUUUAUCUGAAGCCUAUUCUGCUUAGUUAAGAUGUGUAUGGUAAGCCCUAGAGCAACCACUAAGGAAAUAACUUUUAAAAAAUCAAAAAUAUUAUUAAAGAAAUGUAAAUAUCACGUUAUGAAAUACUCAAUGCAAAAGAAGGAAUGGAGAAGCAAAAAGCUUGAGGCAUUAUCAAAAACAAUAAAAUGGCAGUCAUAAAUCUAUAUCAAAAUAAUAAAUAUGCAUAGAUUAAGCAAUACUACAAAAGGCAGAGAUGUCAGAAACAAGUCUGAUUCAACUUCAUGCCAUCUAUUUGAGACACACUUUAGAUUAGUAGAAAGAGAUUAAAGGUAAAAGGAUGGAAAACAAAUAUGUCACACAGACAACAGCCAUAAGAAAGCUGGAGUGGCUAUUCUAAUACCAGACAACAUAGACUUUUAAAAAAAUGUUACUGGAGAUAAAGAGUAAAAUGUUACAAUGACAAAAGGGUCAAUACAUCAGGAAGAUGUAACAACUAUAAAUAUAUAUGCAUGUAACAGUAGAGCCCAAAAUACAUGAAGCAAAAACUGAAAGGAAAGGAGAAACAGGUAAGUCCAUAAAAAGAGUUGGAAUAUUCAGUACCCCUUUUUCAAUAACAGAGCACCUGGACAGAAGAUAAACCAGGAAAUAGAAGGCUUGAACAACAUUAUAGGGCAAAUUGACCUAAAAGACAUCUGUAGAACUUUCCACCUAACAUCAGAAUACAUAUUCUUCUCAAGUGCAUAUGAAACAUCUCCAAAGUAGGCCGUAAGUUAAAGCAUAAAACAAGCCUUAAUAAAUAUAAGUGGACUGAAAUCAUGCAAAGCAUGUCCUCUGACCACAUGGGAUGAAGUUAGAAAACAAUGAAAAGUUGGGAAACUCACAAAUAUGUGGAAAUCAGACACACUUGUAAGUGACUGGCUGGGUGCAGUAGCUCACGCCUGGAAUCUCAGCACUUUGGCAGGCUGAAGUGGGAGGAUCCCUUGAGACCAGGAAUUCAAGACCAGCCUGGGCAACACAGCAAGACCCUGUCAUUGCCAAAAAAAAAAAAAAAGUGUCAAAGAAAAAAAUCGUAAGGGAAAUUACAAAACCCUUUGAGAUGAAUGAUAAUGACACAACAAACCAAAACUUACAAGAUGCAGCUAAAGCACUGUUUACAGGGAAAUUUAUAGAUAUAAAUGCCUGUACUUAAGAAGAAAAAAGACCAGGCACAGUGGCUCACGCCUGUAAUCCUAGCACUUUGGGAGGCCAGGGCAGGUGGAUCACAGGGUCAGGAGAUCGAGACCAUUCUGGAUAACACAGUGAAACCCUGUCUCUACUAAAAAUACAAAAAAUUAGCCAGGCGUGGUGGUGGGCACCUGUAGUCCCAGCUACUCGGGAGGCUGAGGCAGGAGAAUGGCGUGAACCUGGGAGGCGGAGCUUGCAGUGAGCCAAGAUCACGCCACUGCACUCCAGCCUGGGCAACGGAGCGAGACUCCGUCUCAAAAAAAAAAAAAAAAAGAAGAAGAAGAAAGACCAUAGCACUAACCUCACUUUACACCUUAAGACCCUGGAAAAAGAAGAGCAAACUAAAACUAGAGCCAGGAGAAAGAAGGAAAUACAAAAGAUUAGAUGAGAAUAAAUGAAAUAGAGUGAAAAAAGUAGAGAAAAAUCAAUGCAACCGAAAGUUGAUUCUAUAAAAAGAUCAGUAAAACUGACACACCUUCUGCUAGACUGACCAGGAAAAAAGGAGAAUGAAAUUACUAAAAUCAGAAAUGAAGGAGGGAACAUUUCAACUGAACUUGUAGAAAUAAAAAAGAUUAUGAAAGCAUAUUAUGAAUAAUUUUAUGUCAAUAAAUUAUCAAUGAAGUGGACAAAUUCCUAGGAAGACACAAACUGCCAAAACCAACUCAGAAGUAGAAAACUUGAAUAAACCUAUAUCAAGUAAGUAGGUUAGAUGAGUUUUUUAAAAGAUACCCACAAAGAAGAGCCCAGGAUGAAAUAGCUUCUUAAAUGAAUUCUACAAAACUUUUAAUGAAAAAUUAAUACAAACUCUUUCAAAAAGUGGAAGAGUGGUGAACACUUCUGACACAUACUACAACAUGGAAGAACUCAGAAUAUGCUCAGUGCAAGAAGCCAGUCACAAAAGACUACAUAUUAUAUGAUACUAUUUAUAUGAAGUGUCCAGAAUUGGCAAAUAUAUAGAGAUAGAAAGUGGAUUAGUGGUUGCUUAGGGCUAGCACAAAGUUGGGGGGAAUGGGAAGGGCUGGGGCUAACAGUUGAAGUGUAUGAAGUUUCUUUAGAGGUUGAUGAAAGUGUUCUAAAAUUGGUCGUGGUGGUGAUUUCACAACUCUGAAUAUACCAAAAACCAGGAAUUGUACACUUUAAAUGGGUGAAUUGUGUGGUGUGUGAAUUGUAUCUCAAUAAAACUCACAAAAGUAGGGAUGUCCAUCAGUAGGAAAAUGGGUAAAUAACUUAUGGUACAUCUAUUUAGUACAAUACUAUGCAGCCAUUAAAAUAGUGAAGUGUAUCUAUGAAUAUAUUAUGACCUAUACUCAUGUCCAAGGUUGUGUAUUAAGUUAAAAAACAAGAUGCAGAAAUAUGUAUAGUACGAAUACAUUUUUAUGCAAAAGCAUUCAUUUAUGUAUAGUAUGUGUGUAUAUAGAUAUUUCUGAACAAAUUUAAGAAAAAGCUGGGAAAUAGACAUAGAAAGUUGUAAACCUUUGGAAGCGGGAUUGAAUAGGCUGAAGGAGGACUUUCACUUUGUAAAAUUUUUAAAGUGGUGUGAUUUUGGGGUGAUUUUUACUUUUUUCAGUAUUUUUUUUUAACUAAAAAGAAAUUUUUAAAAAAAUAUUCUGCCAAUGGCAUGGCUUCCAGAAUAUUUGUCAGGCCUACUCUGGGGAUAUCAUCUGACUAUACUCAGGACAAACUCCUAUUCCUUUGAUAUACUGCUCACUUAGGAUUAACACUCUCAUUUCAGACACAGUUAAGUGACAAGGAAUAAAUUAUCCUGAUAUAGCCUCUGACACAUGUUACCAGGGGCAUACUUCUAAGCUGGACUUUUUAGAAGGAAAUGCUUCCUGUUAGGUAGAAAAUUUCACCUCUGCUUUUUACUAGACCUAUAGACCACUGCAAUUGAGGAACAUAAAAAUGAAGGAUAUCCUUCAACUGGUGCAUAGAUAAACUGUAGUAUAUCCAUGCAAUGGAAUCCUACUCAGCAAUAAACUAAUGAAAUACACAUGCAACCACUUGGAUGAAUCUUAAAUGCAUUUUACUAAGUAAAAGAAGCCAAACUGAAAAGGCUACUUACUGUUUUAUUCCAUUCAUACUAUUUUCUCAAAAAGCAAAACAAUAGGGAUGGAGAAAAAGCUUCAGUGGAUGUCAGGGAUUAAGGUUGGAAUGCUCCUUGACUACAAAGUGGUAGCACGAGGAAUUUGUCUUAAUAAUUGAAAUUUUCUGUGUCUUUAUUGUAGUUACUAUGUAAGUGUAUGCAUUUGUCAAAACCCAUAGGCUUGUACACUAAAAAGGAUGAAUUUUACUGUGUGUAAUUUUUUUUUAAAUAAAUGUUAUUUUUAUGGAGGAAAGAAAAACUUGGA